UGGAUUGUAAAAGUUAGGAUCAGAAUUUCACAAUAGUCCAAUUCUCGAAUUUGAGGCAGAUUACAAUCGAAUUCAUCAGCAUUUCCCUUGCUUCUCAGGCUCUCUCAGUGAUAUUUAUUGCGAACUGUCUCUAAUAAAUUUCAGCUGUCCAUGUUUUGAGUCUUUUUGCCCUUACUCUUUGGCUUUCCCUCUUUGGAUGCUUUUCCCGUAAAACAUACAGAUCCGAAAAUACAAGAUUGACAGAAAGGCCCGAUGCCAACCGGUGAGUCAAGCACAUCUGUGUGGAGUAGAGAGCAGGAUAAGCAAUUUGAGAAAGCAUUAACAACUUAUCCUGAGGAUUCUUUAGAUAGAUGGGAGAAAAUUUCUGCUGAUGUUCCAGGAAAAUCUCUGGAAGAGGUUAAACAUCACUAUGAACUUUUAAUGGAUGAUGUCAGCCGGAUUGAGUCUGGCUGCAUACCUUUGCCUUGUUAUAAUUCUUCUUCAGAUGGUGGAACAAGCUAUGCUAGUGAUGAAGGAGCUGAUAAGAAAGGUGGGAAUUUUGGGCACUUAAAUGGUGAUUCAGGUCAUGGAGGCAAAGCUUCGAGGUCAGAUCAGGAGCGGCGCAAGGGGAUUGCUUGGACAGAAGAUGAACACAGAUUGUUUCUUCUUGGUUUGGAUAAAUAUGGAAAAGGUGAUUGGCGAAGCAUUUCCCGGAACUUUGUUGUGACGAGAACUCCAACUCAAGUUGCCAGCCACGCGCAGAAGUAUUUCAUCCGUUUGAACUCUAUGAAUAAAGAUAGAAGGCGAUCAAGCAUUCAUGACAUCACUAGUGUCAAUGGUGGAGAUGUUUCUUCGGUGCCUCAAGGUCCGAUCACAGGUCAAAUGAACGGUUCAGCCGCAGGAGGUUCUUCCGGCCAAUCAAAUAAACCAACUUCUCAGGUUCAGGUUUGUCCCCCGGGAGUUGGCAUGUACGGCGUACCAACAAUUGGACAGCCAAUAGGACCGCCUCUCGUUUCUGCUGUUGGGACUCCAGUGAAUCUUACACCACCAGGGCACAUGGCAUAUGGUGUUCGAGCUCCAAUUCCUGGACCAAUGGUUCCUGGUGCCCCGAUAAACAUGGGUUCUAUGGCUUACCCAGUGCAACAUACAUCUUCACAUAGGUGAUCGGGUAUAGCCAGUCCAAAUAAUGAACCAUAUUGAUCGUGCCCAUUUGUCGAGUAGGAAUUAUUGCUUCUGAUCUUCAAGAAAAAUAAGCCAUUUGAUAAAAUUGCAUGUAUCAGCAGUAUAGGCAAUGAGGCAGUAAUAAGUUCUUGGAAUCAUUCUGAUUUAAGACUAUAAUAAUUUCAUUAGAAUUACUGGUUAAGGUCGGUAAAUUAUAGAGAUGGUAAUAUUAGAUUAAUUUCAAGGAGUUUCUUCUCAAAUA